CGCAGUCGUCGGCAAAGCACCUCCUCACUCAACAUGGUCUCCAAGGCUCUGAUGUCGCCGUACGGCGUGGUCGCUCUGCUGGCCGUCGGCGAAGCGCGAGCGUGGCGCCCUUGGGGGCCCGCCUUGCGCGCCCUACGCCCUCGCGCGCUGGGCAAGUUCCUACACGCGCACAGCCGUUCAACCAGCCCUCGCCGGCCCCCGUCGCCGCCCCCGCCCUCGCCGCCGCCCCCGUCGCCGCCGCCUACGCCGCCUACCCGGCUGCUUACCACGCGGCCUACCCCGCCGCCGCCUACCUCGCCUAAACAUCAACACGCCUUGCACGCAAGCCUGGAUUGCGCCGGUUGUAAGUCUGUCAUCGCAACAACUUUCCUUGUGACGCGAACAUUGAAGCUUCUGCAGUCAUCGCAAACAGACAGACAACCGGCGCAAAGCAGGCUUGACGAGCGGGGCUGGCCUGUGGGUGCUUCCUUCAGCGCCUGCCGCACUCCACCGCGCCUGCCAGUUGCUCCUCCUCUAGAAGAUCUCCGCGCUCCACUUCAGUUGGCCAAUAAAUUCGCUUUCGUACAGAGGGUGCAUUCGCAAAAAAAUGUGUGAAGUAAAAUGUCAAACAAAAUAAUCAUACUUCUGUGAUGUAGUAAAGAUUGCUUCACCU